AUGCGUCAGUAUGGCUCGUCCCCAAGCAGCCUCGUGGAGGCUGCUACGUGUGUAUGGAGCCAAUAUUACCCAGAGGACCAUAACAUCGGCAUCCGGCAACCUGGUGAGACCCGCUCAGCUCAAUACUACAGCCCCAUCAGCGACACCGACGGUCGUUUCCAAGCGUCCAUGACGUUCCUAAACUGCUUCCGCGACGGCGAGCAAUGGGCGCCACUAUUGCAAUGUGACUUGACGCAGGCGAACGUGACAGUGGUGUGGCUGCACUACACGGAACUUAUCCGCACCGGGACAGCAGACUUUGAGCGAGCAGUAACCGAGAACAUUGAGGACGUGCUGCUUUGUCUCGGUAUUGCACUUUGCAUGCGUCGUCAUGAACUUCGAGUGGAGGCAGAAGAGGAUAUCGCUAGGAAGCGCAGCAUGCCAGUGGAUCGUACGAAGAUCACCGUUCGCCUACAUGGAGUGACACCAGUACUGCCCAUUGCAGCGUUGAAAUCGGAUGUGGUGAACCAGUUCGUGAGUGUCGUGGGGACAGUGGUGAGAGUGAGUGCCAUUAAGCCACUCGUCACGAGACUGCAGGAAAUGGAGACAACAGAUGUGGGUCCAGGUCGCAUGCCACGAAUGAUCGAGGUGGAACUGUAUGAAGACCUUGUGGACUCGUGCAUCCCUGGAAACGUGGUGACAAUAUCCGGAAUUGUCAAAAGCAUCAACUCGGAGAUUCAUGAAGGGAGAUAUGGCAAGCGUGCACAAGCAAACAGUCUUUAUAUUCUAUACAUCAGCGCCAACUCGGUGGAAAACUCGGCUAAGGUGGAUAAGGAUAAAGACCGAGCAUCGGACAUUGACUUCACCAAGGAAGAUCUGGAGCAAAUCAGCCACAUCGUCAACCAGGGCGCCGUCUUCGAUCACCUCGUGCAUUCGCUGUGUCCGGGUAUAUACCGUAAUGAUACCGUAAAAGCGGGAUUGAUCCUGGCUUUACUCGGUGGGACUCGGAAUUCGGACGACAAAGACACCACGUGUGUACGCAGAGCUGAUUCCCAUGUGCUGGUUGUUGGAGACCCCGGUCUGGGCAAGAGUCAGAUGCUUCGAGCUGUGUCAAUGGUAGCGCCACGUGCUGUCUACGUCGGUGGAAACACAACAACAACCACGGGAUUGACCGUCACGAUGGUGAAGGACGGCUCUGGUGACUACGCGCUGGAAGCUGGAGCUCUCGUUCUGGCAGACCAGGGUGUAUGCUGUAUCGACGAGUUCGAUAAGAUGGGCAUCGACUAUCAGGCGCUACUGGAAGCUAUGGAGCAGCAAAGCAUCAGCAUCGCCAAAGCAGGAAUCGUCUGCAACUUGAAUGCACGGACGUCAGUCAUCGCCGCUGCUAACCCCAGUGGUGGCCACUACGACCGCAGUCGCUCAGUGGGAGAAAACCUCAAAAUGAAAGCGGCGUUGCUCUCUCGCUUCGACCUCGUCUUUAUCCUGCUAGACCGACCAGACGAAGAGAGAGACCGACUGUUGUCAGAGCACGUGAUGAGUUCUCAUGCACGUGGCAAGCGAAUGUCAAGGAAACGAACGCGAGACAGCAGUGCUACGACCUCUUGGAGCUCCAACAGCUACGCUGACGAAGCAGUGAAUGGGUACGAAGGCGUUCAAGGCUCUGAGCGUCGUAUGCUGUCGCACCGUCUUCGUCAGAGCGCAACCGAGUACAGCAUGAACCCGAUUCCCCUUUAUUUCGUGCGUAAGUUCAUCGCCUACGCUCGUCGCUACGUACACCCACGACUGUCCUCUGAGGCUGCUGCAGUACUUCAGAAGAAGUACUUGGAGCUGCGUUCAGCGGGUGAAGGACAACAGAAUCCAACGGACAGCAUUCCGAUCACUACACGUCAACUCGAGUCGAUGAUUCGUCUAUCUCAGGCUCGUGCGCGAGCCGAACUUGCUGAAACGGUAUCGGCGGAACACGCACAAGACGUCGUGGACAUCAUGCAAGAAUGUCUGCUGGACACGUACAUCACCGAGGAUGGGAAUCUGGACUUCGGACGUAGCGGAGGAAUGAGUCUGAGCAAGAAGGUCAAGGCCUACGUUGCAAGACUCAUGAAGGCUGCAGCCAGACGCAACACUUCGUUGUUUUCAAUGGACGACUUGCUGGAAGUUGCUGACAGUAUGGGACUCAAGGUGGACGACUUCCGUGACUUCGUUGACAUCCUACGCAACGAGUGUUAUCUACUCAAGAAAGGGCCAGGACAGUUUAAAGUCCAAGUGUCAUCGUACAACAUGAUGUAGCCAUUUUGCCUGAGUUUUACAAAACUUAACUAUCGUAAAAUUACAUUUGUCCUCGAA